ACGCAAGACGUCCUUGGCGUGUUUGGGAAGGGCCGUAGUGGCUGUCUGCGGGCGCGCGUUCUCUGUAUCCCCAGGAUCGUCAGUGCAUGCGCGUGACGGCCCCGCGGAGCAGCGCGGGAAGCUCUUUCGUGUGUCCCGCGAUUCGGACACAGGCCUGCUGUAGGCAUGUUGUGCCGGCUUUGCGGUAGGUUGCAGCGGCCACUGCCUGCCCUGCUGCUCGGGGCCCGGGGCCCACCACUUGCACCGGCCCCAACGGGCGGCACCAAACGCUCCGCUCUGCCAGUGUGGGCGGUGGCGUCAGUCUCUGCAGUUGGCCCAGGCGGCGCGGGCAGCUGGUACGAGGCCCUAGCCACGUCAGCGCCGGUGCAGGGCACGGAGCAAAUGCUGCUCUGCGCACACACCGCGACAGGCCUUCCCUGGUGGGGCAGCAUUCUUCUCACCACCGUGGCCCUGCGCGGCGCUGUGACGCUGCCGCUGGCCGCCUACCAGCACUACAUCCUGGCCAAGGUGGAAAAUUUGCAGCCAGAAAUAAAAAACAUGUCGAGGCAUCUCAACCAAGAAGUUGCAAUUCGUGUAGAUCAAUUGGGGUGGUCCAAAAAAGUUGCCAGGCUCACUUACCUAAAGAAUAUGCGGAGGCUUGUUUCAGAGCUGUAUGUUCGGGACAACUGCCACCCUUUCAAAGCCACUGUAUUAGUAUGGAUUCAGCUUCCAAUGUGGAUCUUCAUGUCUGUUGCUCUCCGGAAUUUCAGCACAGGGACAACACAUUCAGAAGGGUUUUCUGUUCAGGAGCAGUUAGCUACUGAUGGGGUCCUGUGGUUUCCUGACCUCACUGCACUGGAUUCCACUUGGAUUCUGCCAGUCUCCGUUGGUGUCAUCAAUUUAUUAAUAGUGGAGAUUUUUGCUCUGCAAAAAAUUGGAAUGUCUCAUUUUCAGACAUAUAUUACAUACUUUGUCCGUGCGGUAUGUGUGUUGAUGAUUCCGAUCGCUGCGACAGUACCUUCGUCGAUUGUUCUCUACUGGUUAUGCUCCAGCUUCAUGGGCCUUUCACAGAACUUGCUGCUACGUUCUCCUAGGUUUCGCCAGCUUUGCCGAAUACCAUUGACCAAGUCAGAUUCAGACACUCCUUACAAGGACCUCUUUGCUGCCUUUUAUGCCAAGUUCAUUUCAAGAAAAUGACAUAACUUCCAGUUAUUUUGAAAUAGUUACAAGUGUCACUACCACUUCAAUAUAUUUAGAAGACUAGAAGUUCAGAUUUAAUCUGUCUUUACUUAAAAUCAUGAAAUCUGUGAAGUACUAAGGGUUAAGAUAUAAUCCAGGUAUAUUUGACAAUACUUAAAAUCUUUUAGUGCUAGAAAUAUACUAUAUUUAAUUAUAUACUAAGAGUAUAAAAGUGGAAUCAAAGUGUCUGGUUUCUGUUUAUAGAAUUACAACUUGUUGUAGGUGCCACAACUUUGGAGAGCAAAAAUAGAUACCAAAUGGUGUCAAAUUAUAUUGAACAGUCACACAUAUUAGAGUCUUAUAAAAUAGGAGAAUCCAGUGAGGUGAUUUAUAAAAUUUUGGAGGUGUGAAAGGUCAUUGACCCAUCUGAGCAUCUGAUAAAGCUAUGCUUUUCAGAAAAGUCCUGGGACUCACAACAUGAGGCCCCUUCACUGAGUGCAGUCAACCCCUCCCCCACCCCAUCUCACCCUCCUAGGACUUAACAGAAACUCUGAUGAAGAAGUCUUCCUCUAUGAAACAUAAUACUGAUGAUGAGUUAAUGUGUGAUUUUAAAAAUGGACUUGAAAUGCAUACAGUAGAAUAACCUGUGCAUGCAAGAAGGUACCUCAUGUGGUAGGUUGCCUGUCAGCCCUCCUCUGAAAGAAUUUUAAAAAGUAUGCAUUCCUUUUUCUGUAACUGAAGUCUGGAAUACAGAGUAUAGCCCAAAGUACUACUAGAAUCCAAAGUGGAAAUCUUAAUCAUUAAAUUUGUUUAGUCAAAAGAAAAAAACCAGAAGGGUAACUACCUAUUAUGGAGGUGAUUUUAUAAAGUGCUGUUUAUUUGGCAGGAUUAAGUACUCUGAUGGGCUUAAACUGUGGUAGACUUUUAAUAUAGGAAAAAAUUGACAGGUAAUAUAAAUUGUGGACCCAGUUUUUUGCUUAUUUAAGUUGAAAAGAUAAGAAAGUUAGUUCUGGUUGGGAUAUUUUGGAAUAAAUUUGACAAGCAUUUAAGAAAAUUAUAAAUUUUCAUUGAGUUGGGUAAUGAAUCUGAUUCUGAAGUGCCCUAUCAUCUGUAGGGUACAAGAGCAAGCCACCCUAAGAUGUGCUGUUAUGACAUGCAGAUUAUUUCAGAGUUGAACACAACCAAGGCCCAAAAGACACAGAAAGAAAUUUUGACCUUCCCCUACCCUAAACAUAAAAAGACUAAAUUAGAUAGAGGACAUGCGUCAGGAAGAGAGGUAUCCCUGUAGCUAAUUUCAUCACCAUAUAACCUAGGGGUUGUUUGUAGACAGGGAGGAAUGGGGCAGUCUUAAAAUUCCUGUGUCCCAUUGUUUCUCAGUGGCCCAGCAAACAUUUGCAUACCAAACAUUUAUUCUCAUAUUUCUAUGAAUUGCUUCCCUUUUCCUUUGAAGUCUCAGACCCCUACCCUCUUGAUUCAGGAUGACAUAUACUCAUUGUCCCUGGCUUUCUUUGGAAUCUAUGUCUAUGACUUCCCCAUACAUAUGUAAUUAAACUUUGUUAUAUUCCCCUGUUAA